GUUAAUUUGGAAACACUCACCAAGGUGGAAGUGCUCUUAGAGCAAAAUAUAAAAAAAGAAAAAAAAGGAGAGUAAAAUCAAAUUAAUUGAAGUAAACAGAAUAACGCAUCCUUAAAAAAUGGCGGCAGCAGCAGCAACUGCACCUGCAGCGGCGGCUGUGCCAAACAAUCUGGUGGAAAUAGCAGGCGAAACCAAUUUUACUAAUUACAUGAAAAAUCGCCUCAGAGGUGGGGGUAUGAAGCGUAAAGGAUUGGAGAUAAUUAACGGCCAUAAAUUUAGUAUGAAAUUUUUUAAACAACCAACUUAUUGCGGUCAUUGUAAAGAUUUCAUAUGGGGUUUCGGUAAGCAGGGCUAUCAAUGCGAAGAAUGUCGCUUCAAUAUGCAUCAGAAAUGCUCCAAGUAUAUUGUAUUCAAGUGUCCCGGCAAUGAUUCAGAUAUAGACGCUGAUUGUGCUAAAGUUAAACAUAAAUGGGAAUCGACCACAUACACAACACCGACAUUUUGUGAUGAUUGCGGUCUUUUGUUACAUGGCGUUGCUCAUCAGGGUGUUAAAUGCGAUAAUUGCAAUUUAAAUGUUCAUCAUAAUUGCAAGGAAAAAGUGCCACCAAUCUGCGGUGCUGAUAUUUCGGAAAUCAGAGGCAAGCUAUUGUUGUAUGUUGAGCUUAAAGGCAAUAGCUUGAAAGUUGAUAUUAAAGAGGCAGCGAAUUUAAUACCCAUGGAUACUAACGGUUUAAGCGAUCCCUAUAUAGCUAUAGCAUUACAUCCGGAUCGUAGUGGUCGCACUAAGAAGAAAACAAAAACUAUACAAAAGAAUUUAAAUCCAGUUUAUAACGAAACGUUCGCUUUCGAUUUACAGCCUCAAGAUCGUGAUAAACGCUUACUAAUUGAAGUUUGGGAUUGGGAUCGGACUUCGCGCAAUGAUUUUAUGGGUUCAUUCUCUUUCAGUUUGGAAGAAAUUCAAAAGGAACCAAUUGAUGGUUGGUACAAAUUCUUAACUCAAGCUGAAGGUGAACAUUACAAUAUACCAUGCAGUGAUCCCAUAAAUGAUAUUGCUCGGUUAAGAGAUGAAGUUCGGCGUGAGGAUAAAAAGAAAUCGAAAAGACGACGUAUGGAUAAUAAAAGUUUACCGCAUAAUAUGAGCAAACGUGAUAUGAUACGUGCUGCCGAUUUCAACUUUAUUAAAGUCUUGGGCAAAGGUUCAUACGGUAAAAUAUUAUUAGCGGAACGUCGUGGUACUGAUGAGUUAUAUGCUGUUAAAGUAUUACGUAAAGAUGUUAUCAUACAAACGGAUGAUAUGGAAUUACCAAUGACUGAAAAAAGCGUACUUGCCUUGUCGGGUAAAUCACCGUUCUUGGUAUGUUUGCAUUCUUGCUUCCAAACUAUGGACCGUUUGUUUUUCGUAAUGGAAUUUUGCAAAGGUGGAGAUUUAAUGUUCCAUAUGCGUCAGUAUGGCCGCUUUAAAGAAUCAGUGGCAUUGUUCUACGUAGUUGAAGUAGCUUUGGCUUUAUUCUUUUUACAUGAACAUGAUGUGCUUUAUCGUGACUUGAAGUUAGAUAAUAUUCUUUUAGAUAUUGAGGGCCAUAUUAAAUUGGCCGAUUUCGGCUUAUCUAAAGAUUGCAUAUCCGACACGGAAACAACUAGAACUUUUUGUGGGACUACGUCGUAUAUGGCCCCAGAGAUACUUAACUACGAAUCAUACGGUCAUAGCGCAGACUGGUGGUCGUAUGGUAUCUUAAUAUAUGAAUUAAUGGCGGGUCAGUUACCAUUUGACGCUGAAACUGAAGAGGCCACAUUUCGGAAUAUUAAGGAAAAGAAAGCCAUUUUUCCAAAACAUUUCUCGCAAGAAGCAAUGGAUAUUAUAACAAGUUUUCUAGCUAAAAAGCCCAAUAAUCGUUUAGGUGCUGGACGUUAUGCUCGCACUGAGAUUACUACUCAUCCAUUUUAUAAGAAUAUCGAUUGGGAUAAAGCGGCUAAUAAGGAAAUGGAACCGCCCUUAAUACCGAAAAUUAAACAUCGCAAAGAUUUGUGUAAUUUCGAGGCGGAAUUCACCAAAGAAAAAACUGAUUUAACACCUACUGAUAAAUUAUUUAUGAUGAAUCUCGAUCAAAAUGAUUUUAUUGGUUUCUCUUAUAUGAACCCCGAAUUUAUAACAAUCGUUUAGAUUAUUAAAAAUAUAUUCACAUAAAACCAGUAAGAAAGUUAUAUUCGACAGGGAUCGAAUCUCACAUACCCACCGCUAUGCUUUUCGCAUUGUACUCUCCAAGUUCUCUUGUUUGAUACGCAUAUUGCUGCUUUGAAUCUCAGUGUCGAUCAUAUUCAUUUCAAAAUUAACCCAUUUUUAGGCAGACAAUAGAUCUUCAUUUUAACAAAAUAGUUUUUAAACUUUCUGUCUUGUUUGCAUUAUGGCAAGUAAGCAUAAAACCUCAAAAAAGUGAAAAAAAUAAGAUGUAAUUACGUGUAACUUCAUGUGGGAAUGGUCGAUUCUUUCCAUUUUUGCACUUAAAGAGUAGAGUGGUUCAUAAAGUAAUUUCAGAAACUUUCAGCUUUCUAAUAGUAGUCUUCAGCCUUCUUAAUAGUUUUUAAGUACCGAACGAAAAACCACAAAUCUUCGCUAAAAAACGAACUUGCGAUCAGUUUACGCUCCACUGGAGACUUUUACUCCGACCAACUUAUCCGUUUUUAGUUUGCACCUGCAUGCAAAAACUACCAAUGUUUCCACCAAAUUUGAAGACGAUAUCUUUAUUUUUGCAGCUAGAAGAAUGCCAAUAAUACGCACCACACAGACACACAGAAGGACACACAUGGUUAAAUCAACUCAGAAUUUUAAGCUGAACAAAAAAUAUAUAUAU